CACCACACUCUUUCUCUCGCAAUCGCAGCCAUUACAAACAAAGCAAAAAGCGCACUACAAUUACAAAAACAUGGACUCUUCAGAUCUAACUGGGCAUGACAAUGACAACGAAGCGACGCUGCCAAGAUGUAACAGCAUCUGUGAUCGAUCCAUUAUGAGUGAAAUGAGAGCAAAAGUGCAUCUCACUCGAUGAGUGCGUGAUUUGAGCGCUGUCCAGCGACCGUGUACAGGAUGAUCAAGGAGAUGCUUCCGAAUGACGUGCGAGUGACGAACGACGCGCGCGACAUGAUCCUCGACUGCAUGUCUGAGUUUGUGCAGAUGCUCGCGUCUGAAUCCAACCAAGUGUGCGACACGGAUGGCAAGAAGAUGAUUUCGACCGAUCACGUUCUCAGAGCAUUGCAGGUGCUUGGAUUCUCAGACUAUGUCAAGGAUGUGCAAGAGGCACAAGAGGGGCACAAGGAAGCGCGCGUGAACCGACCGCGAAUGGCAAACAACCUUACUCUAUCAGGACUAUCGCAAGAAGAGCUCAUUCGCCAACAGCAAGAGCUCUUUUCCAAAGCUCGCCAAAACCAAAUGAGCAUCCACGCUGCAAGUGCCACGCCAACCUCGGCGAUGGUGACAACGCCGUUGCCGCUUCCUACCGCAGCGCAGCCACCCAAUCUCGCACUUGGUUCGGAGAGCCAGGCGGCACAGCCAGCGCAGCCAGCGGCAGUUUCAGCACCCGUUCUUGUGGAGCUCAAGCGAAAAGCAGCGGAUGAGGAAGAUUACGAUCAAUGAUUUCGUGGACACUGGGGGUCAUUAAAGUUGAAUAAAUUUAGAAUUCUAACGGAA